GUAUCUAUAACCUUUCCGCCAACGCGUGUCUUCUUCCAACCAUCAGGCUGCGCCAUCCGCGCAGUGAAUACCCUCUGCACAGACACCUCCUCGCACUCUGAACAUGAACACUUGUUUCGCUAUACUAGUGGAAGGUGGCUCUGGGAUGAAGAACAACAGCUCCGUGACAGAUAUAAGACCUUCAAUAUCACAGAGCUUCAAACACUAGCGGCCAAAGCCAUUGGGGCGGAUGGCUGUGUUUCAAUGAAAAAACUGGCCGAGGGGGGAUUUAAUAAAGUGUUUCGUCUUCUCAUGCAUGAUGGAAAAUCAGUCCUGGUACGUAUACCAAAUCCAAACGCAGGGCCUUCAUUUUAUACGACUGCCUCGGAGGUUGCUACAAUGGAAUUUGCCCGGAUAAUUCUGAAAAUCCCUGUUCCUCAAAUAGUCGGGUGGAGUGCUACUGCCAAAAACCCGGUGGGCUCAGAAUACAUCAUUAUGGAGGCGACAGGAUCCCAACUUGGGACAGUGUGGGAUGAAAUGACUCCGGACUUUAAGCUAAAAACUAUGAGGGAGGUCGUGUCCAUUGAGACCAGGAUGCUCUCAAUAUCAUUUUCACACUAUGGAAGCAUAUAUUUUGCAAGUGAUGCAGUGGAGGGUGCUGUUCCUGCGCAGAUUAUUGACGAUGCUCCCGCCGAAUUGAAAAAUCAAGUCGCGAAGACGUUCAUUAUUGGACCUACAGUCGACAGAGACUUCUGGAACAAAGAGCGCUCCAAUAUGGAUAUAUUCCGAGGCCCCUGGUCAAACCCAGGAGAUUAUGCUCUAAGUAUUGCUUCCCGCGAAAUGGCAUGGAUCGAACAGCACGCGACCCCAAAAUCGCCGGAUGAUCCUCCUUUGGCCUCUUCCGCCCAAAAUAGCCCACAGGCGCAUUCGGAUCUUCUAGGAAGAUACACUAAGGUAGCCCCUUUCCUUAUGGGCUUCGAUAAAACUCUGACCCGCUCCACGUUAUGGCAUACGGAUCUUCACACGUCCAAUAUUUUCGUGGAUAAUGGUCAUAUCACAGCCAUCAUUGACUGGCAAGGUACAUGGGCCGGGCCACUUCUUAUCCAAGCACGACCCUCUCCGCUUGUCGACUAUCAAGGGGGCACAAUACUGAAGCGUCCGGAAAAUUUCGACGAGCUUGAUACUAAAGAACAAGCUCGGAUCAAACAGAAAAUUCUCAAGUCCACUCUUCUUCAGCUUUAUCUCAUGGAGACCGAAGAACGCAAUCCGGUACUGGCAAAAGCAUAUAACUUGGACCAUGGGAAAACAAGGCGUCUACCUAUCGAACUAGCUGGGAAUACUUGGGAUGAUGAUAUCGUACCCUUCCGGGAAGCGCUUAUCAAUAUAGAAAGGUACUGCAAAGAGCUGGGUAUAGAAGGAGACUGCCCAAUCCAUUUUACUGAGGAUGAGUUGCAGAGUCAUUUGGUUGAUGCCGAGGGUUGGAAUGAGGUUCAGGGAUUUUUUGACGGCAUUGAGGAUCUUCUGAAGAGAGAUGGCUGGACGCAUCAUGAUACCUUUGAUGCUGCAUUGACUCUUUUUUUCUGA